GGAACAUUCAAUCCGAAUUGGUUUAAUUAUUUCAAGUGGUCUGCUGUUAAGAAAAUGCAGCGGCACAAAGAAUUCGACUAUCAAUUUCUAACGAAUGGUGUCGCGGUGUCCCUUCAAUUUAUCGUCGACCAGCCCCCGGAACCGGAAACAUUCGAAAAGGUGAUGGAAAAGCAGAAAAUCAAAUACAGAAAGUUCGGUCAGCGAUUCAACAACAAUCAGUACAAAACGAUCAUCGGCAUCGAUCAAAUUGUAUCUGGCUGCGGUUAGUAAGGACAUGAGAACGAAUGAAGAGACGCUGUUUCGCCUGACUUCGAGAAAAUUCCACAACAUGUGUCAACAAAACAUUCGGGAUCGAAAGGCCAAACGAUACACAUCGCAACUGGAAACGGAAAUGGCCCAUGAUCGAGAAGUUAAUUUUGGUGGAACGAUCGCAUCGCCAAUGUCUGCAACAAAUUACAUGCUGUUCAUCGAUCAUCGCCUGAAACAUUUCAACAGCUGCAUCGCACUGUACACACAAAACAAAUAUACUGAGUUGGCGUUCCACAAGCACGUGCAUACGCAAAAGGCAAUGGAUGGUAUUGUCAAUGAGCUGUUGCCAUCCAGCAGGUCACACGAACGAUCGUUGUUGGUGAUUGGCGGAACGGAAUUUAAUCCGAGUGCGCCCAUCAAGAAAUACAGACGAUGUCCUGGCGUUCGGCAACUAGUAAAGUUUGUGCGAAAGAGAACCGGUUGUGAUAUUGUCUACGCGGAUGAAUAUAACACCUCGCAAGUUUGCGGUAGAUGCCAGAGACGCUUCAAAACAAGCGACGACGAAACGAUCCAGCACAAACGAUGGGAACGGAAAGGAGCCAGAAUGCGAUUGUGUUCGAACUGUACACCAAACGACAACAUUAUUCCUCUCCCAACAACGAUCAACACCAGAAUGUCUCCGCGUGCCCAACAUCUUCAUCGUCUUACCAUUACGAACAGGCUUUUCUUCAAUGUGGCUGCGUAUUCUAUGGAGGAUGCUAAGCGGGAAUCGGACAACAUCCACUACAUCGCCGAGAAUUGUUGCUAUGAUAUGUCUCAUGACAAACAUACAUUCGACCCGAACGACAGGACGACACAAUUGAAGUGCGUAUGGAACCAUGACAUAUCUGCCGCGCGCAAUAUUCUAAUCAAAGGGGUGGCAAGCAUAACCGGAAUUCCCGCACCAAGAACGUUAUAUCGACAGACGCAGAUCAACGAAGAAAAUUCCUCAGAUGAGUCAAUGGAUUGACUUUGUCAAUCUCGAAUUUGCGAUACAAACAGUAAUACGGAGUGUGAACAUUCAUUUGGAGCAU